UUCAUCAAGCUGCCCUUGCCCGAGGGCCUGCAGGACGGCUUCCCGGAGGUGACCCCCGAGCAAGUCCGGCAGGAGAUCGAGCAUUGCAAGGAGCUUUGUAGUACUCUGGAGCAAGACCAUGCGAAGCUACAAAUGGCCAAGGAAGCUGUAGAGCAAAAGACACAAGAGCUGAGGAAAGAGGGAGAACUUCUUCAUAAAAAUCUUGAGCAACAAAUGUCUUUAAACAGAGACGAAGACGUAUCCUGCCAGGUUGGCUUUUUGUUAGCAAAGGAGAACGACAGACUGAAGCAGGAGAAGCAGGUGCUGAAAAAGAAACUGGAAGAAGCAAGGAAGAGGAUGGUCUGGGAGGAUCCGGCGAUGAUGCUGCCUGCCUUGCCAGAGAAGAAGAUGGUGUUUAAGGGACUUGUGACAACCAAGGAGGACAGGAACAAGCUGACGCUCACGCCAUUGAUCCGCUACCCUCUGCUGGGGGGCUCAGCUCUCAUCACCUUUGAGAAGGCAGAGGUGGCCCAGAGGAUCAUAGAGGCGAAGGAGCACAUGGUGGAGCUGAGCUGCGGGGAGGAGAUGGAGGAGCUCGACCGGUGCAGAAUGCGAGUCCAGGCAGCGCCGGUGGAUAUACUGCUGCCAUCUGACCUGGAGAUCAGGUUGGCUCAGAGCAGUAGGAGUAUCCUCGUGUCUGACCUGCCCAGCCUGGGCAUCCCUGAGGAGAUACUGCUGGACAAGCUGGAGCUCUUCUUCAGCAAGACGAAGAAUGGGGGUGGUGAGGUGGAGAGCAGGGAAUUCCUGGAUGACUCUGGCCAGGUGAUGCUGACCUUCGCACAGGACGGAGUGGCUGAGCCGCUAAUUGAGAAAGGAUACAUCCAGGUGCUUCUCGGGAAAGGAAAAUACACGAUCAAAAUAUCACCGUGCAUGACCGGACACAUCACUAACCUGCAG